UAGGUGGUGGCGCUAUCGAAAUGGAACUAUCGAAAAUAUUGCGUGACUACUCGCGCACCAUAGCCGGCAAGGAACAAUUGCUUAUUGCGGCCAUUGCAAAGUCGCUCGAAGUGAUUCCACGUCAAUUGUGCGAUAAUGCUGGCUUUGAUGCCACAAAUAUAUUGAACAAACUCAGGCAAAAGCAUGCUAAAGAUGGGCAAUGGUUUGGCGUUGACAUUACUAAAGAAGAUAUUGUUGACAACUAUGAGAAUUGCGUUUGGGAGCCAUCAAUUAUUAAAAUUAAUGCAUUGACUGCUGCUGCUGAAGCUGCCUGUAUGAUAUUAUCUGUUGAUGAGACCAUUAAAAGCCCUAAGCCUGCUGAUGCUCCUAUGGCUGGCGGUAUGGGUAUGGGCAGAGGCAUGGGUCGUCCCAUGUAAAAAGUUAAUAAAUUCUAUACAAUUAACCACACAUUCAUUUAAAAAACGUAUGCACUUCAAAUUCUAAACAAAGUACAUACACAAAAUACAUAUUUUUUGUUUUGUCAUUUCCGUAUAUUACACAAUACGCUCUACAUUAAGUUUCAUAUAGUUUUGCUAUAAAAUCUAAAAAUUAUAAGCAUUUCCUAACUUUCUUAUUAACGCUUACUCAUUUUCACAGUAAACUUUUGUUAAUAAAAAACCAAAAAAAAAAAAA